AUAUAGAAUACAAUGCCUUUCCUUGUAAUAUAUCACUAACCUUUAGUAUCUUAACCUCUUAUUCCUUCUACUUAGCCACCAAGAAAAGCCAAAAAGACUCGUCAAUCUCCUUCUACAUAAUACUUCAUUUGUCUCCAUCUUCAUCAGCAAAAACAAACACUCUAUAGUCUAUACAUACACACACUCGAACACUCAUCCAUGAGUACGGACUGGGGGACGGUGAUUGUAGCGGUGUCUCUGUUCAUCCUACUAUCACCCGGAUUACUGUUUCAGAUUCCGGCGAGGACGAGAGUGGUUGAGUUCGGGAACAUGAGCACGAGCGGCAUAGCGAUUUUGGUUCACGCAGUUAUAUACUUUUGUAUUCUCACGAUCUUGGUGGUUGCUAUACAAGUUCACAUCCAUUUCUGAUCUCUGCUCUUUCUUAUAUCAUGUAAAUAUAACAAAAAGAGGGGAGCUUUAUUGCAAAUUCUUAAUGUAAUGUACAAAUCUCUCUGAUAUUUCUCCUUUCCGACAAUGUUUUCUAGGUUCUGACAAAACUUAGUAACUUUUGUCUGAAUUUGAGCGAAUUAGCAGAGUUUUUUUUUAUUUUUAGUUUUUUGCAAAAGUCGAAUUAACAGAGUACAAAAAAAAAGAAGCAAACUGAAGUAACGGUACUCGAUACAAUACAAGUACAGCAUAACCCUUUUGACCAAAUCUAUUUGUG